AUGUUUAUAGUAAGAUAUGCAUUUGCCCUUGAAUCGCGUAAAUUGCUUGGAACGCUUGAAUCGCUUAAAUCAGAUGCUAAAUUCGAAAUUAAUAUUUCUUUUAACGAAUAUGCUUUUAUUGUCUAUUUGGCUUUGGUUGAUUCCUUCUAUAUUGUAAUAUUGUGA